CAGCUGGAGGCUCUGUGUGUGGCAGCCUGGAGACCCCACAACCUCCAGCCGGAGGCCUGAAGCGGGAGACCACGCCAGGUGCCUGAUGAUACUGGGAAUUUUCCUGGGUGCUUCGGGUCUUCCCAGCACUCUGGUCUCGCCUGCCCUGCCUCUCGGGCUCUGCCCAGCUUCCUGAGUCCUGACAGAGCACAGUGGGGGAGAUGUUGGCAGAGGCAGCAGAUGGGCUCACGGCCAUCCCUCCUGCAGGAGCAGCAGCUGGAGCCAGAGCCAUGUGGCUGUGCCCUCUGGCCCUCACUCUCACCUUGAUGGCAGCCUCUGGCGCUGCGUGCGAAGUGAAGGACGUUUGUGUUGGAAGCCCUGGUGUCCCCGGCACUCCUGGAUCCCAUGGCCUGCCAGGCAGGGAUGGGAGAGAUGGUGUCAAAGGAGACCCUGGCCCUCCAGGCCCCAUGGGUCCACCUGGAGAUAUGCCAUGUCCUCCUGGGAAUGAUGGGCUGCCUGGAGCCCCUGGUAUCCCUGGACAGCGUGGAGAAAAGGGGAAGCCUGGCGAGAGGGGCCCUCCAGGGCUUCCAGCUCAUCUAGAUGAGGAGCUCCAAGCCACACUCCACGACUUCAGACAUCAAAUCUUGCAGACAAGGGGAGCCCUCAGUCUACAGGAGUCCAUACUGGCAGUAGGAGGGAAGGUCUUCUCCACCAAUGGGCAGUCUGCCACUUUUGAUGCCAUUCAGGAGGCAUGCGCCAGAGCAGGCGGCCACAUUGCUGUCCCGAGGAAUCCAGAGGAAAACGAAGCCAUUGCAAGCUUCGUGAAGAAGUACAACACGUAUGCCUAUGUGGGCCUGACUGAAGGACCAAGCCCUGGAGAUUUCCGCUACUCAGAUGAGACCCCUGUAAACUACACCAACUGGUACCCAGGGGAGCCCGCGGGUCGGGGAACAGAGCAGUGUGUGGAGAUGUACACAGACGGGCGGUGGAAUGACAGGAACUGCCUGUACAACCGACUGACCAUCUGUGAGUUCUGAGAGGCAUUUAUGCCACGGGACAGGGAGGAUCCUGUCUGGCCUUCAGCCUCCAUCCCGAGGCUCCACUUGGUCUGUGAGAUGCUGGAACUCGCUUUCAAUAGAAUUCACUUGUGGCUAUUAGAGCUGAAGGCAUCCUUAGCCACUUCAUUCCCCUAAUGGGCCCUGACUCUUCCCUGGCCAGCCUUGACACUUCCCUUGCAAACCCUCCCAGCACUGCACCCCAGGCAGCCACUCCUAGCCCUGGCCUUCAGCAUGAGAUGGAGCCCUCCUUAUUCCCUAUCUGGUCCAGUUCCUUCACUUACAGAUGGCAGCAGUGAGGUUUUGGGGUAGAAGGACCCUCUGACGUCACAGAGUGCCUGCCUCCUGGUCCCUUUUGCUCUCCCUCUGCAGCCCACUGCCUGCCCAGUGCCAUCAGGAUGUGCAGUCCUGGCCAAGCAUAAUGGCAGAAAGAGGUGGACUUCAGGGAAACCCUACGUGGAGCUAAGGCCACAGUGGAGAUUCUCUGGCACUCUGAGGUCUCCAGGGCAGGCCUGGUCAGGUUCUCCAGGUGGUCAGAGGGCCCAGUGGUGCCCCAGCACAGUGGUGUCCAAGCCAACCCCGUGACUGACAUGUACGAUUUACUCCUUUGAGUCUUUGGAUGCCAACUCAGCCCCCUGACCUGAAGACAGCCGGCCUAGGCCUCUAGGGAAGAGCCCCCCAGUGCAGACGUGAUCCAAGUAACUUUCUGCUGAUGAACGACUCUGCACCCCACUUCAGACCUCGGUGGGCAUUCACACCACCCCCUCCCCCCACACCACCGGCUCCACUUUCCCCUUCCAUUAAUCCAUUCACCCAGAUAAUCAUUAAAAUUAACGUGUGCCAGGUCUUAGGAUGUGUCUUGGGGUGGGCAGGGUACCCAGUGACUCUUGGGGAUAUUUAUUCUCCCUGAGUCUAUGUCUUCAUCUGUGAAAUGGGGAUAAAAUACUUGUUGCUGUCACAAUUAUUACCAUCUCUCCAGCUAGCAAAAUUACUACCAGAGCUGUUACUAGACACAGAGGCUAUUGACCGAGCACAUACCACGUGCCACACACCUUGAUAAGCAAUUCUAAUACAGCUUAUUAUGUACUAUUCAAUCUUCACGCAAUGUCACGGGACCAGUAUUGUUUACUCCAUUUUCUAUAAGGACACUGAAGCUUGGAGGAGUUAAAUGUUUUGAAUAUUAUUCCAGAGAGCAAGUGGCAGAGGCUGGAUCCAAACCCACCUUCCUGCACCUGAAGCUUAUGCUUCCAGCCACCCCACUCCUGAGCUGAAUAAAGAUGAUUUAAGCAUAAUAAA